ACUGCUGAGCGCCGGAAGUAUCCUAGAUCUCAGCGUAGGGGCUCGGCGGUUAGACCGUGGGGCUGGCGCGACUAUGCCGGUCACCGGGAAGACUUUCCGCCGGCGCCGGGCUGACUCGGAGUCGGAGGACGAUGAGCAGGACUCAGAGGAGGUUCGAUUAAAACUGGAAGAGACCCGAGAGGUGCAGAACCUGAGGAAGAGGCCCAACGGGGUGAGUGCUGUAGCCCUGCUGGUGGGAGAGAAGGUACAAGAAGAGACCACUCUAGUGGAUGAUCCCUUUCAGAUGAAGACAGGCGGGAUGGUGGACAUGAAGAAACUAAAGGAAAGGGGCAAAGAUAAGAUCAGUGAAGAGGAAGACCUCCAUCUGGGGACGUCAUUUUCUGCAGAAACCAACCGAAGGGACGAGGACGCGGACAUGAUGAAGUACAUUGAGACGGAGCUGAAGAAGCGGAAAGGGAUCGUGGAACAUGAGGAACAGAAAGUCAAGCCGAAGAACGCAGAGGACUGCCUUUACGAACUGCCGGAAAACAUCCGGGUCUCCUCAGCAAAGAAGACCGAGGAGAUGCUGUCCAACCAGAUGCUGAGCGGCAUCCCGGAGGUGGACCUCGGCAUCGAUGCUAAAAUAAAAAAUAUCAUUUCCACGGAGGAUGCCAAGGCCCGUCUGCUGGCAGAGCAGCAGAACAAGAAGAAAGACAGUGAGACAUCCUUUGUGCCCACCAACAUGGCUGUGAAUUACGUGCAGCACAACCGAUUUUAUCACGAGGAGCUCAAUGCUCCCAUACGGAGAAACAAAGAAGAGCCCAAAGCCCGACCGUUGAGAGUGGGUGACACGGAGAAGCCGGAGCCUGAGCGGUCCCCUCCCAACCGCAAGCGUCCUGCUAACGAGAAGGCCACGGAUGACUAUCACUACGAGAAGUUCAAGAAGAUGAACAGGCGGUACUGAGGGAGGCUAAAGGGGAGAGGUGCAAAGUGGGAUGUAAAUAGUGUCAUUCACUCCCUUUAUCCCCCUGAUCAAAGGCUUCCUGGACAGAAGCCUGCUCAUUGGCUAGCAGACAGUUCCCAAAACAGACUCUAUCAGUCCUGCUGCUUACCUGCUGGAUUUUUCAGGCACUGAAUUUGUAACCUUUUGAAACAAUGUGUAGUUUUCCUAUUUGGGAACAAACUCUAUUCUUGAGAGCAUUAUUAAAUCUCGUUUGUAAA